AUGGAUUCAGAGCUUGCAUUUCUGAUUGAAGACAUUGGCUUCCGCCGGCAUUCGGUAGUUGGUGUCAAGUUUGGAGCAAGUAAGGAUUUCAUAAGCGCGACUUGGCCUCGUAUGCCAGUGUCCCGCUCAAGUUUUCCCGUCACUACUGCGAUGUUUUCACCAUCAAGUGACAAUACAAACAAAUGCCUUGGACUCUACGUCAAGUCGGCUGUGCGACCGAGGCUCGAGCUUCGUGGAUGCCCCGCUGUAGAUGUCGUCAAUCUUGCGGGUGUGAGCAGGUGGCAUCCACUUGACCCUACAAGACAGAAUCAUGAACGAUCCUUUGGAGUUUGCCUUCCACCUCGGGUCGCUCCUGGCGAUAAAGCCCGCGGCACGGAAGUGCGUGCCAAUGAGGGAUGA